CCACCAGUUUCGUCGCGGCUGUCAAGACUGAAGUGGUAAUAGAUAACGCCUUCUGGGAGUUGCGCCAAAACCAGAUCAACGUAGCACACAACUUCGUUCGCAGUGUGUCGCAUCUGGUGGAUCAGAUGGCUCUGCUGGAGUAUGAGAUGUAUGGAGGUGUGCUGCUGCCAAACGAGGACGAUGUCAGCCAACGAUCCAUCACAUCCGAAGGCAGUGCAGGGCCCAGGACAAAUGCGGCCCCAUCUGACCAAGUGCAGAACGAUGCCUUUGCCAGUUCAGUGCGACUGUAUAUCGCUGGUCUGGUGCUGCGACUGGCGCGGAGGUAA